CAAAAAAAAAAAAAAAAAAAAAAAACAAAAAAAAAACACCAAGCUUUCAUAUGGAGUAAGGCAAUUGAUUUUGGGUAUGAUUAGUUUAUUUCCUUCCCAAUGAUUGAGUUGGCUUGCUGCAAUUGAGUGAGAGAUACUUGUAAGGAACCUCUGUAAGUAAAAGAAAGCAAGAGAGAGAAAGAAGGCAAGAAGAUGAAAUCUUUGAAUGAUAAUAACAAUGGAAGCAAUAAUAAUAAUAGUAACUGGUUGGGUUUUUCUCUCUCGCCCCAAAUGAAAAUGGAGGUUGCUUCUUCUGACCCCCAACAUCAUCAUAACCAGUACCAUCAUGAACCCGAAGCUCCUUCUGUUGCAGCUGUUUCUGUUUCCAGUUCUGUUCCAACAAGCUUCUAUUUGUCUACUUCUCACUUCAACACUCCUGGAAUCUGUUAUGGAGUUGGAGAAAGCGUUGGCUUUCACUCUCCUUUGUCUGUUAUGCCACUUAAGUCUGAUGGGUCUCUCUGUAUUAUGGAAGCUCUAACUAGAUCACAAUCUGAAGGGAUAGUAUCAAGUUCCUCACCGAAGCUAGAAGACUUUCUAGGUGGUGCAACUAUGGAAAACCAUCAAUAUAGUAGCCACGGAAGGGAAACAAUGGCUUUAAGCUUAGACAGUAUGUAUUAUCAUCAGAACACGCAACCAGAAACCAACAGGCAACAUUCUCUUGACCUCCAUGAGCCCUAUAGGCAUCAGGAAACGCACUUUUCAGUUCAAAGUCAUCCAUAUUAUAAUGGAAUCGCAUGUCAUGGAAUGUAUCAACCUCCAUUAGAGGAACAAACCAAAGAUACCCAUCUUUCUGACUGUGAUUCACAGAUCCCCACAAUGGCAGAUGAUGGAAUGCCUUGUUUAAAGAACUGGGUUGCGAGACAUUAUUCCACUCAUAAUGCACUAGAGCAGCAGAUUAGCAAUAGCUUGGUUGAUGAAGGAGGAGCUUCUGGUUCUGUUAGUGCUCUGGGUUGUGGAGAUUUACAAUCUCUUAGCUUGUCCAUGAGUCCUGGUUCUCAAUCCAGUUGUGUUACAGCUCCAAGACAGAUUUCACCUACUAGUACUGAAUGUUUGGCUAUGGAAACAAAGAAAAGAGGACCUUCAAAAGUAGGCCAUAAGCAACCUGUUCAUAGGAAGUCUAUUGACACAUUUGGGCAAAGAACAUCACAGUAUAGAGGUGUUACCAGGCACAGAUGGACGGGUAGAUAUGAAGCCCAUCUAUGGGAUAAUAGUUGCAAGAAGGAGGGCCAGACCAGGAAAGGAAGGCAAGUUUAUCUUGGAGGCUAUGAUAUGGAAGAGAAAGCUGCAAGGGCUUAUGAUCUUGCUGCCCUUAAGUACUGGGGACCUUCUACUCACAUUAACUUUCCGCUGGAAAAUUAUCAUGAAGAGCUUGAAGAAAUGAAGAACAUGAGCCGACAGGAAUAUGUUGCGCAUUUGCGAAGGAAAAGUAGUGGGUUUUCUAGAGGGGCCUCAAUGUAUAGAGGAGUAACAAGGCAUCACCAGCAUGGAAGAUGGCAAGCAAGGAUAGGCAGAGUUGCAGGAAACAAGGACCUUUAUCUUGGGACUUUCAGCACCCAGGAGGAAGCGGCUGAAGCUUAUGAUAUUGCCGCAAUCAAAUUUCGUGGGGUUAAUGCUGUUACUAACUUUGACAUAACAAGAUAUGAUGUUGAGAAGAUCAUGGCAAGCAAUACUCUGCUAGCAGGAGAGCUAGCUAGGAAAACGAAAGAGACGGAGACGAGUAGUGGGGCUAUUGAGUAUAACCCGUCAGCACAAAACAGUGGAGAAACAAUACCAAUUGAGAAUAGCAAUGGCAAUGGCAAUGACUCAGAUUGGAAAGUAGUUCUAUAUCAGUCGCAGCAGCAACAACAGACGAAUGGUUGUGUUGAUUCUCUUGAUCAGAAAUCGACAAGUGUAGGGAAUUAUCGAAAUUCCUCCUAUUCAAUGGCAAUGCAAGAUUUGAUUGGAAUUGAUUCACUUAACUCAAGCCAGCCUUUAGUGAAUGAAACAAACUCGAGAUUAGGGACUCACUCGUCGAACACAUCAUCGUUGGUUACUAGUUUGAGCAGUUCAAGAGAAGGUAGCCCUGAUAGAACUGGAACUGCAAUGCUGUUUGCUAAGCCUCCAUUAGCAUCAAAGUUUAUUAGCCCUAACAGUGGUGUUACUCCAUGGUUCCAAUCUGCAGCUCAGCUUAGGCCUACUGCAAUCUCCAUGGCUCAUUUGCCAGUUUUUGCAGCUUGGAAUGAUACCUAAAAACGCUCUCAUGUGUACUAUUGUCAAAACAGGUUUUUGCAUGGACAUGAAAGAGAAAAGAAAAGGAAACAAAUGUUGUUGGAGGGAAAAAGAACGGAAGGGACCGAUUAGGAUUUUUCAUUAUGUUUAUCUUUUUAGGUUAGGUUGUUAGUGGAGCGAACUGGUGAAUUAAUGAAAGACAAAGGUGGGCGGGCCCAACUAUCUUUUGUGUAAGAAACUUUUGUCAAAAUAUUGGAAUGAAAGAUUUUGCAAAAUGGAGGGAAGUGAUUAAGAGAGAUCUGAUGAUUAAAAUUCUGUGGAAAUGAUGUUGGCAAUAUAGAAAUUGGGCCUAUUAUAAUUACUGAA